AGUCUAGCUCAUUACCGUUACAUAGACAAUGCCCGGCCAGAACGUCAGAUGGCUCUGGGACUGGAAGCUCGAGCGGUCCGAGCACCGCUCGACUGACAGCCUACCAGCGUCGCUCCGAUCCAACGUGUUCCUUACGACCACACCCAAUCCAUAUGCCAACCAUGCGCUGGCCUUGCUGGCGCCGCACCUGGGCAAGGGCAAGGACGGUCCCGCGCCCUGGAAGUGAGUGGCUGAGUCUGCCGCGGACGGUCUGGCGGCUAUCCCAGGUUGAACGCUCAGGGUCGGACACCGCCCUAUCGUAUAUCCACCGCACGAGGAGCUGGAGUAUGUUGAGGGACCCUGCCGGCGUGAAGCCUACGCGACAGUUGGCCCGCAGGUCGGGCAGUAGCAUCGGGUGUCAAAAGGAAGGCUGGAGGAAAGGACGCGCCAACGUGUGUACUGGACUUGAGGCAUAUAAAUCACGCAGGCUGGCACACGAACACAAUGCGAAGCGCUAGCACAACGGUUGGCAGGCUCGAGGCCACAGAGGGACGGAAACAACAAUCAAUACUGUAUAUCGGUAUGAAUGUGGCUUGACACUAUUGCACGCAACACUGUAUCCUGGAU